CACCGAACACGAGAUCGGUAAGCGCCUGGACACGCCGGAGUCAGCAGUGGACAUGCACACGGCCGACCACGGCACGCUGCAAACCGCGAUCGACUGGGCCGAGGUGAAAGUCGAUGGCCUAGGCUGCGUCGACGGCAGCACGGACAAGGUAUUUGAUUGCCGCGCCGUCGACAGCGCCAACCUGCGGCACCGCGAAGGUCUCCAACUGCUGCGACGGAGGGCACGCCAACGAGAGCACCGACCAGAAGACGGUGGGGCCGACAAGGGGGGCGCCGACAAGAUCAGCGCCGACAGCAGCGCCGACGUGGCCUUCGGUUGCUACGCCGACGGCCGCGCCGACAUCAGCACCAACCAGCCCUCG